AGGCACAGGAGCAGAUGUACAGGGUGUGUCUGACUCACACUCAAGGUUGCAUAAGCAAGAUUUCAAAAUUAAUGCUACUCUGGAGAGUUUAACCUAGUGUACAACGAUCCUGGCUGGAAAAGAAGAACUAUAGCAGUCUUUUUUUUUUUUUUUCUUCAAAUCUUUACCAUUACUUGCCUUUGUAUCUCCGCCUUCUCUUUCUGCAGGAAACUUUAUUUCCUACUUCUGCACACCAAGUUUCUACCUCCAGAUCUGUUCGGUUCAGUUGCUGAGAAGCCUGACACAACAGUGCCACUUGGAAGAAGCCAUCCAUCGGACAGAGAAAAAUGGAUGGCAAUGUCACGUUUCCCCAGCUCAGCCACAACAUGCUGUUCACAUCUCAUUCUCCGCUUACAACGAGUAUCGAGGGGAAAGUUGGAGAAUCCACCACUAGUUAUGACUAUGAUUACAGUGAACCCUGCCAAAAGGUCGACGUGAAACAAAUUGCAGCCGGCCUCCUGCCCCCGCUCUACUCGCUGGUGUUCAUCUCUGGUUUUGUGGGCAACAUGCUGGUUGUCCUCAUCCUCAUAAACUGCAAAAAGCUGAAGAGCAUGACUGACAUCUACCUGCUCAACUUGGCCAUCUCUGACCUGCUUUUUCUUCUUACUUUCCCACUCUGGACUCAUUAUGUUAUAAAUGGGUGGGUCUUGGGAGAUGGGAUGUGUAAGUUAUUCACAGGACUGUAUCACGUUGGUUAUUUUGGCGGAAUCUUCUUCAUCAUCCUCCUGACAAUCGAUAGGUACCUGGCUAUCGUCCAUGCUGUGUUUGCUUUAAAAGCCAGGACGGUCACCUUUGGGGUGAUGACAAGUGGAGUCACUUGGGUGGUGGCUGUUUUUGCCUCUCUCCCAGGAAUCAUCUUUACCAAAUCCCAAAAAGAAGACUUCUUGGGAUCUGAUAAAGAUUCUGGUUACUCCUGUGGCCCUUAUUUUCCACCAAGAUGGAAGGAUUUCCAUACUAUAAUGAGGAGCAUCUUGGGGCUGGUCCUGCCACUGCUGGUCAUGAUCAUCUGCUACUCAGGAAUCCUAAAAACCCUACUUCGGUGUCGCAACGAGAAGAAGAAGCACAAGGCCGUGAGGCUCAUUUUCGUGAUCAUGAUUGUUUAUUUUCUUUUCUGGGCUCCCUACAGCAUCGUCCUUAUCCUGAGCACCUUCCAGGAAUUCUUUGACCUAAGUAACUGUGAGAGCACUGGUCGGCUGGACCGAGCCAUGCAGGUGACGGAGACUCUUGGGAUGACGCACUGCUGCAUCAACCCCAUCAUCUACGCCUUCGUCGGCGAGAAGUUCAGAAGAUAUCUCUCCGUGUUUUUCCGAAAGCACAUUGCCAAACAUCUCUGCAAACAAUGCCCAGUUUUCUAUAGGGAGACAGCGGAUCGAGUGAGUUCAACAUACACCCCUUCCACUGGGGAGCAGGAAGUCUCGGCUGGUUUGUAAAUGAGCAGCAGUUUGCUUAUUUUUAAAGGGUGAUAACAAUCUACAUAUGAUCGUACACCUCAAGGUUUGUUGAAGAAAAGAGGCCUGUAAGUCUCGAAAGCAAGUGCCCAGGAACCUCAGGGCUGUGUGUACCAAGACAGACUUAUGUCACUCCUUGGAUAGCCAAGGUAUGCUCAGGGAACAUUCCAGAACAACUGUGGGUGGAGACGUUAACUCUCCCGCCCCUCAUCUCAAUUCCUGGAAAAUGCCUCAUCGCGUUGUGCUAAUGCUCUUUUUCCAGUCUUCUCCAUGUCUUCGUUCACUCUCUGAUUCUGUCAAUCUCUUGUAAUCAGUGGCCCAGCUGGAGGUGGGGAAGAGAGCAAGACAGGCAUGGGUGAACGAAAUGAGGCUGCAUGGGUUCAGGGCCGAGUGUAAGGAGGAGGGAGACCUGAGCACAGCUGAGCCUGAAUGAGGAUGAAGGUAAGGGGUUCCCUCAUCCAGCCAGGAAAUAAAUCUCCCACCCGUGUUUGACUUUGAAGGCUUCACCAGGUCAUGGAGAGCCUUGGAACUGCAAUAACUUUCUGUGAGCUUUGGUUGGGUCCAUGAUCCCCUUCUCCGUACAUGCAUGACACAUGUUUGCUUUAUUAUGGUUUAUCUACGACAACCAUGCACCCCACAUUUGAAGUCUAUUAAAUAUCAUGCCCUAUUUUUCACAUGCUUCUUAGGCCACAUUCCCCUAUAUAAAAAUUUGUAAAAAUUUUUGUUUAUAAAACAUGCAUCAUCUAUAACGAGAUGAAAAAUAAAAGCCCUUGUUUGGUCCUUCCAGGAAAAGGGGAGAGUUGGAGGUUGUGAUUUUGAGAAAGAGUGGGGACUAAUGAGUUCCUCCACCAGGAGUGGAGGGGCCUUAGCAAGAGCACAGGAGGAUGUGUGAGACCAUUAUGUUUCCAGAAUCAGCUCAGAGGAGAGGUCAGCAUGGGUGCACCAGAACCUGUGGAGGCCUUGCGUAUCAGAUCUGACCGUGUGCAUGUGCGUGUGCGUGUGUGUGUGCGCGCGUGCGCGUUUCCUGUUGCCUUUCCCUGCCUCCCUGCGGCCCUUGCUCCAUCUGUUUGCCCACAGCCUUUACCAAACAAGUCUCGCCUGUCGUAGUGUCCUCCUCCAAAAACCAGUUUGUGGAUGUCCAGGAGAGCGGAGUUGCGGAGAAUGUGAAGGAAACGGUGCAACAAGCGCCUUUGUUGGGCCCAGGAGAGGGAAAACAAUGGGUGGGGCUCUGGGGUGUGUCCUCAGGGCAGAGAAGGGGCCUGCGAGGUGACAGAGACCCCUGCCUUGGAAAUCACACAUCCAGCCUGUGAUCUCGGGGUCUAAGUUACCAGGCAGCGUGGGCCUAGAUGAGAAAGACUCUAGAUGGGUUGGAAAAAACUACCUUCCAGCAGCUCAUUUUUGAAUAUAGGCAUAGAAUUCGAUAUAUUUUUUGUCAAAAUAAAAUUAAAGCUGAAAACUGCAAUUUGCAAAUGUGAUACUAUCUUUUUAAGAGUUACUAUUAUGCCAAGCCUGAAAUAGUGUAUUAGUCAUAGAGACAAUUCUGGUUUUGAGCUUCAAAUUUUGGAGCAUGUAGUCUGUUUGGGAGACUGCUGAUUCAGCAUGAGUUGUCGUUGAUCAGGGCGUUGGAGGUCUGUGGUCUAUGGGCUUGCUAGCUUAUGGUGAUGUAGCGUCUAAAUAAUAUCAUUUGGAUCACAGUGAACACUCCACAACUGUCACCUUGGCUGUGCCUUUAUUCCCUCAGACUUGCUGCCAAAAAUCUUAUUUGCAUCGUUAUGAACGCAUGGAUUUAAUGAGGUUUGGAUGCUUCAGGGCUUUGCAGAUGUCCGUAUUGAUGCUCAAAUGGCCCCGUCUGGCCUGUGGGGACUCCUGAAUCUAGCUGGCCCCCAAUCAAAGCUCGUCAGCCCUGUGUGUAGAGGAAGGGGGUUGGCUCACGCAAGUAAGCAAAGACUUUUGUCUUGCUUGAGCCAAGUUAAGAACGUUGGGGCUGGCCCGGUGGCAUAGUGGUAAAGUUUGAGCACUCCGCUUUGGCGGCCUGAGGUUCGCAGUUUCAAAUCCUGGGAGCAGACAGACACCCUGCCCAUCAAGCCAUGCUGUGGCAGCGUCCCACAUACAAAAUAGAGGAAGAUGGGCACAGAUGUUAGCUCAGAGCCAAUCUUCCUCAGCAAAAAAGAGGAAAAUUGGCAACAGAUGUUACCUCAGGGCCAAUCUUCCUCACCAAAAAAAAAAGAGAGAGAGAGAGAGAGAAUGUUAGGAAUGUUACCCAGUGCAUUUCUGAUCUGAUGCAAGCAAGAAACACAGGACUUCUGGAACCUGGCAACUCAGGAGCUAGAAGUUACUAUGGUUUUACUUUCUUGCUUCACGGCUAGAGAAGGUUUCAGAAAGAAGUGUGUGUGUUGGGGAUGAGGGGGGGCACGGUUCACCCUCAGAUAUUUGUGUUAUGCUAAUGAAUGCAUUAAAUUUUGUUUUGAUGAUAAUGAAAUGUAAAUAUUGUUUUUUAAAAUAGCUAUAACUUGGAAAGUGAAUCAAUGCUCUAACUAGAUUGUUUAAAAAAAAACUGUCUGAUUAGCACUCCUCAUUUCCUCUUCCCCCCAGCCUCUGGCAACCACCAUUCUAUUCUUCACAUCUAUGAGUUUGACUAUUUUAGGUACUUCGUGUAAGUGGAAUCAUGCAGUAUUUGUCCUUUGGUGACUGGUUUAUUUCACUUAGCAUGAUGUCCUCCAGCUUCGUCCAUGUUGUUGCAUAUUGCAGAAUUUCUUUCUCUUUUAAGGUUGAAUAAUGUCCCAUUGUAUAUGUACACCACAUUUUCUUUAUCCAUUUAUGAAUGUGCAUAAAAUUUCAGUUAUACAAGAUAAAUAAAUUCUAAAUAUCUGCUUUACAAUAUCAUGCCUAUAGAUAACAAUACUGUAUUGUACACUUAAAAACUUGUUACGAGGGUAGAGCUCAUGCUAAAUGUUCUUGCCACAAUGAAAGAAGACCUGCCCACUUUGUUGUACUGUGGUGUGAUAGAUUGUCUUAUUGUUCGCGACUUUUCGCUCCUUUCUGUGUGAUUACACAUGCCUGUCCUCGCCCUGUGACUUGCAGCGUGCCCUGCAAGUGACACACCCGCCCCGUCCACAGGUGGCUCAGCCUAUGGAAAAUGAGCAGAAGUGACAUCUGCCUCAUUGGAGCAGAGCAUUGAGAGUGGUUGGGCUGAGCCCCUGGCUCUCGUUGCUCAGCCACAGGAGGGCCCAGCCCAGACCACAACUCCUUCAGCCAGGCCCUGUGAGCUCUCGAGAAGACACAGAACAGAGCCAGGCCCCAGCCACAAGGCAGCCACAUGGCUCAGGAGCAAGAGGUCCAUAUUUACUGUUUUAAGUCACUGAGUUGGGGUGGUGGUGAAUGUUUGCUAAGCACAAAUGCUAAUUAAUACAUAUGGUGUAUAAUAACUUCAUAAAUAAAAUUUAGAAAAGCGUC